CAUAGCCAUUUCCUCCCCUCAAUCUCACCUGUUCCCCCUCCCCUCGUGCCUCAGGACUCUCUGGGUCCUUCCCAGGCCGCUCUCCUCCUUGAGUCUCGUCGAGACUGCCUGGUCGUCGCCAUGGUUUCCUUGUGGGGAUCCAAGAAGGACGGUAACACCUCGGUGCACAAUGGCGAUGGUGAUGACAAUCGCCCUGCCUCUGUAGGCAGACGCGAAUACAACCACACAGAGCCCGAUGAGCGCUCCAGCUUGCUCCCUCGUCGUGCUCCACCACCCACCUCGGAUGGCUACCUUGACCCAGAUGAUCCAGCUGUAUCUCCCUACAACCUGUGGUCUGUGCGGUUCCUCCGUUACUUUACCGUGAUUUUCCUCAUAAUCACCUUCCUCUGGUGGGUACUACUCCUAGUAUCUAUCUUCGUCUCCCCUCCCGGCAUGCACUCCCGUGGAAGUGGUUUCUUCGACUUUGCUUAUACAUGCUUGACGCUUGGCAACCUCCUCGUGGCUGUCCUGUUCUUUGCGGCUCCGGCCAAGGCCAUGCGGAUCACCACUGCUAUUGUUGCUGUUUUCCUCCUAGUGGACAUGGUCAUUAUCCUAUCCGUUGGUCGAAUCCGAGCCGAGGAAGGCUGGGUUGGGAUCGCCUCUGUCGUCUGGGCAGCAUUCAUUGCCAUCUGGUGCGUCUUAACGGACCGAGUAGUCGCCUGGGGCAAGAGAGAAGAGGAGGAGCGUCUGACGGGCCGCCCUGAAACCCGCAGGACCGUCAAAGAGUGGCUAGCUGUUCUGGCUGGCACCAUUAUCUCGGUUGUGUUCGUCAUCAUCGUCAUCUUCAUGACGGGCACGCUAGGAAUCCGUACCAGAGACUCUUCUCUUGAAAUGUUCGGUGAGCGCAUCUUCGUGGAUGGGAACAAGUACCAAGUGCAUCUGGCAUGCAUAGGGAAUGUUACUACUACUCACGGGAAGCGAGACCCAACUGUUAUGCUCGAGGCGGGAGAAAAUCCUUCCGAAUACGACUUUGAGCACUGGGCCUACAACAGCUACCAGAAUGGAACCAUCUCUCGCUACUGCUAUUGGGACCGACCUGGAUACGCCUGGUCUGACAAUGCUCCUUCCCCACACUCCGCUGGAAUGUCGGCAGAUGCUCUCUCAGAAGCUCUCGCUAUUUCCGGAGAAGAAGGCCCCUGGAUUCUUGUCUCGGCGGGUAUCGGAAGCAUCACCAGCCGAAUCUUCUCCAGCCGUCAUCUCCGUGAUGUAGUUGGCAUAAUGCUUGUCGAUCCUCUCCACGAGGAUCUUUUGCACCGCCUUGCAUCGCCGGGUCGAGGAUUCCUCCUCUGGGCAUGGGGGAUCAUAAGCCCACUGGGCAUCGAACGUCUUGGUGGAGCUCUAUUCCAAGGCCGCACGAGAGAGGACCGCGUUUACGGACGGAAUGCUUACCAGAACGGCAAAUACAUCAAAGCCCAACUGCAAGAGAAUCUCGUUGCAGACUCGCUCUCCAAGAACGAAGUCGUCUCAGCUCGGACCAUCCAGAGCGGCGACACGCCGUUGGUAGUGAUUAGCUCGGGAAUCAAAUGCCGCGCCGAUAGCGAGUGGGAGCGCAAGCAGAAGGAUUUGACCGGCUUGACAGACAAGCUGGUGUCUUGGGAUGUCGUCAACAAGGCACCUCACGAGGUGUGGACGACUAUCGACGGCCGCACCAUCAUGGAAAAGAGGCUAGACGAGCUGGUCAAACAGGCCGGCAAAGUUCAGCUUCCCAACAAGAAAUAAUUUGGAGAUGCAAGAGACAGAACUGUUAGGGGUCGAUAUACCCGUGAUUUCGUUCUUUGGUACGAGAUGCGACCUGAACAUUCUCUUCCCUGUAAAUCUAGUGUUGUUGCAUACUUUCAGUCUCUCUUAUCACUGUGUCCUUUUUAGUGUGAUCUUCUCAUUGGUCGGCAAACAGGUACAUACAUACAUAAGAAACAUGUCUAGGUAAUGAGGAACGCAGCC